AAGCAACUGUACCGAUUGAGAACUAUGACCGGUCGUCUCCCCCCAGCUCCUCCGGCCAGCUGCAGCGGAAGCGAGUGGCCAUGCCGCAGACCGCAUAGUUCGCCUGCCCGGGCAGCCGGCCGUGGACUUCGACAUGUACUCCGGGUACAUCACGGUGAACGAGAGCGCCGGACGGUCGCUGUUUUAUCUGCUGCAAGAGGCGCCCGAGGAGGCCCAGCCAGCGCCGCUCGUGCUGUGGCUCAACGGCGGGCCCGGCUGCUCCUCCGUCGCGUUCGGCGCGUCGGAGGAGCUCGGCGCAUUCCUCGUCAAGCCGCGCGGCGCCGGCCUCGUCUUGAACGAGUAUCGCUGGAACAAAGUGGCUAACGUCCUGUUCUUGGACUCGCCGGCCGGCGUCGGGUUCUCCUACACCAACACCUCCUCCGACAUCUACACCUCCGGCGACAACAGAACGGCUCAUGACUCGUACACCUUUCUGGCGAAAUUGUUCGAGAGGUUCCCGCACUACAAGUACCUUGACUUCUACAUCGCCGGCGAGAGCUACGCAGGGCACUACGUCCCGGAGCUGUCCCAGCUGGUUCACUGGAGAAACAAAGGCAUCGAGAACCCCGUCAUCAACUUCAAAGGCUUCAUGGUCGGGAACGGCCUGAUCGACGAUUACCACGACUACCUGGGCACGUUCGAGUCCUGGUGGAACCACGGGAUCAUCUCCGACAACACCUACCGCCGCCUCAAGGCCUCCUGCCUGAACGACUCCUUCAUCCGCCCUUCGCCGGCGUGCGAUGCCGCGGUGGACGUCGCCACGGCGGAGCAGGACAACAUCGACAUGUACAGCCUCUACACGCCCGUCUGCAACAUCACGUCGUCGUCGUCGAGCCGGCGGCGGCCCCGGGGGCGCUACCCGUGGAUGACCGGAUCGUACGACCCGUGCACGGCGGGAUGCUCCACGGCGUACUACAACCGGCGGGACGUGCAGAGGGCUCUCCACGCCAACGUCACCGGCGCCAUGGACUACACGUGGGCGACCUGCAGUCACACCAUUAAUACCCACUGGCAUGAUACUCCGAGAUCCAUGCUUCCUAUUUACAAGGAGCUUAUUGCAGCUGGCCUAAGGAUAUGGGUCUUCAGUGGCGACACGGACGCGGUAGUCCCCUUGGCAGCAACAAGACACUCCAUCGGCGCUUUGGGUCUUCCAACUACUACCAGUUGGUAUCCUUGGUAUGACGACCAGGAGGUCGGCGGUUGGAGCCAGGUAUACAAGGGCCUUACACUGGUGUCCAUCAGAGGUGCAGGCCAUGAGGUUCCUCUGCACCGCCUGCGGCAAGCGCUCGUACUGUUUCAGCAAUUCCUGCAGGGCAAGCCCAUGCCAGGCUAGACCACAGAUGCAACAGUGGCUUAGGAUGGAAGUCAAAGAGUAAAGAAAUUGAUGUGCACACCACAUGUUAUGCCCGAUGUGCAGCCUACACAAACUCUGCACCGUGAGAUUGCCUAGGAUUUACAAACGGCCUGAUGGGAAACGUCGGCUGAGUAUCGUGUGAAAAGCGUCAGUUGUAUAGCAAUGCUAAAAGAGUUAUCUCGGUGUGAAAAUACAAGAGUGGUCAUCAAUA